GGUGUACGUUUUUUUUGGGCGUGGCUGCAAAAUGACUGAAGCAGAGAGCACAGUCCAGACUAGUACCUCUACGAUUAAAGUACCUCCUAACUCAGCCGUCCAAAGACACUCAUCACAACAGAAUGACCGUUUUCCACUACCUCCAGCCCCACCCAAGGUAUCUUCAGUUCACCCAGGGAAGAUGCUUGAGCUAAGCACUACCAUAGGACUCUCUCAGUAUCACUCAUUCUUCAAAGCAAACUUUGCAUCGCCGAUCGACAAAGAGUCGUCAUCACUCGAAACACUUUCAUCAGGCGGGACCAUGUUCACUAGAUGCAGGGGGAAACUGAAAAGUGGAAGGCUGCGUCCACUGGGUCUUCAGUCCGACCCUCAGCUCACAUCUCAAGCUUGUCUCGGAAUAGUUUCAGUCAAACCGAAAAGAAAUUCUCAAAUGCAGCGAUCUCUCACAGCUCCUGUCAAUAGACCAGCCUCAAGACAUUUUAGUGGUCCAUUGGAUAAGUCUAUAAUCCACGGGAGGCGUUCUUUUUCAGCCAUCAACACUUAUCACUUUUCAUUCAGAUCAGCAUCAGCCAUGACAGGAUCAACCUCAAAUAAAAGAUACUCUCCAUUACCAAGACCACUAAGCAAGCACCUAUUGCCACCUGUGACACCCAUAGAGUAUGUCGAAGAACCUGGAGAUGAAAUAGUGCAGCUUGAAAAAGCUAAAAAAGACUCGUGGGUUGUUGAAGAACCGAUAGAAGACCCUGUACACAAUGAUGAGAGAUUAGAAGAAUUUGCACUCGAGAUCAAUACAAUGUCGAAGGAGAAAGUAGUGACUGUAAAAUCUUCAUCAAAACAAUUAUUAAGCACAAGAACUAAGCAAGGGAAGUUAAGCCAUGGAUGGACUGAGUCGAAACCAAUCGUACCAUUAGUGGGAACACUUCCUCCUAUUACUGACUCUAAGAAGCAAAGGGGCAGGAAAAGCAGCAAAGAGGGGGCGGGAAAUAGCUUAGAAAGCCCGUCUGUCAUUGAUAAAGAUAAACUCAAUGUAGAUGUUGAUGCAAUACUUUCAAAUUCAUAAUUAUAAUAAUACUUAUAAAUAAUUUUAUUAUUAUUAAUACUGAGAUUUGAAUGUUGUAUAUGUA